CAGGGGAUAAACCGGAUGGGGAAGGAGGCUCAGGUAGGACCUCAUGGCACGCGAAGAAAAGACUGGCACGACUAUGAAGCAAUUAGGAGAGACUCCUCUCGAUCCGGCAACGGUGAGCAGGGAAAACCAUUUCCCUUGACGGACGCCGACAAGGUGGACCAGGCCUACAGGGAGAAUGGCUUUAACAUCUACGUCAGCGACAGGAUCUCCCUGAACCGCUCUGUCCCCGAUAUCCGCCAUCCAAACUGUAAAAAGAAGCUAUAUGCAGAGAAGCUGCCCAACACCAGCAUCAUCAUCCCCUUCCACAACGAGGGCUGGUCGUCUCUGCUGAGGACCGUUCACAGCGUGCUCAACCGCUCUCCUCCCUCGCUCAUCGCCGAGGUCAUCCUGGUCGACGACUUCAGUGACAAAGAGCAUCUGAAAGUGCCCUUAGAGGAGUACAUGGUCCGGUUAGAUAAGGUUCGCAUUCUGAGGACUAAGAAGAGGGAGGGUCUGAUCAGGACGCGUUUGCUGGGAGCCACUGCUGCUAAGGGAGAAGUCAUCACUUUCCUGGACUCUCACUGUGAAGCCAAUGUCAACUGGCUGCCUCCGUUGCUGGACCGAAUUGCCCAGAACAGGAAGACUAUUGUGUGUCCCAUGAUCGAUGUCAUCGACCAUGACACCUUUGGGUACGAAACGCAGGCGGGGGACGCCAUGAGAGGGGCAUUUGACUGGGAAAUGUACUACAAGCGGAUCCCAAUCCCCUCAGAGCUGCAAAAGGAUGACCCCAGCGAACCUUUUGAGUCACCAGUGAUGGCAGGUGGACUGUUUGCUGUUGACAGGAAGUGGUUCUGGGAACUGGGAGGAUAUGACACAGGUCUGGAGAUUUGGGGAGGAGAACAGUAUGAAAUCUCAUUUAAGGUUUGGAUGUGUGGGGGUCGGAUGGAGGACACCCCCUGCUCGCGAGUGGGACACAUCUACAGGAAGUAUGUCCCUUACAAAGUUCCAGGGGGUGUCAGCUUGGCCAGGAAUUUAAAGCGCGUGGCAGAGGUGUGGAUGGACGAGUAUGCGGAGUACAUCUACCAGCGCCGGCCCGAGUACCGCCACCUCUCCGCUGGAGACAUGACUCAGCAGAAGGAGCUGCGGAGCAAUCUGAACUGUAAGAACUUCAGGUGGUACAUGAAGGAGGUGGCCUGGGAUCUGCCCAAGCACUACCCCCCCGUGGAGCCUCCCGCCGCUGCCUGGGGAGAGAUACGCAACGUGGGCAGCAGUAUGUGUAUGGAGACCAAACACUUUGUCUCUGGCAGCCCCGUCCGCCUGGAGAGCUGUGUGAAGAAUCGGGGAGACGUAAGCUGGAGUCAUGGACAGGUGUUCACAUUUGGCUGGAGAGAAGACAUCCGGGUGGGGGACCCCAUGCACACUAAAAAAGUCUGUUUCGACGCCAUUUCCCAUAACAGCCAGAUAACCCUGUAUGACUGUCACGGCAUGAGGGGCAACCAGCUGUGGCGCUAUAGAAAGGACAAAAGUCUCUAUCAUCCCGUCAGCAACAGCUGCAUCGACACUAACCCAAAAGAGCGGCGGCUUUUCAUGAACACGUGCGACCCGUCCUCCCCCAGCCAGCGGUGGCAGUUUGAGAGGACUAACGCCACCGUGCUGGAGCACUUUAACCGCGGGACCGACUGAGGCCCCGCAGAGUCCAAAGGAUCUGUGCAGCCAUCCAGCUGCAGCUAAAGGAGGUGUUCCCUGCUCAUCCUCUGAGAUGACGGCUGUUUCCUUUUGUGUGCCGAGCAGGACGGGAUUUAAUAUAUGUGCGGAAAGAGGGAGCUAAACUGUGACUAAUGGGUUUGAGUUUGGAAAGGACUUUGUUUAAGAUUCGUGUGUUAAGUCAUAGUGGUGCUGGUGCAGUGGGUCUGUCUUCCUUUCUGCAUUUGCUUCUGUGUGAUUAUAUAACGUUCGUUCUCAUUCCUUUCAUGUGUCUUUUAGCCUUAACUUUCUAUUUCCACUUUGCCUUCCAUCUCCUUUGCCUUCACCUCUCCUUCAUGCGUCUUUAUCCCUGUACCUGCAUUACUCGCCUUUGCAUGCCCUUUCCAUUCUCCCUCUGUCGAAUUCAAGUUUUUUUUGUUUUGACAGCCUCUGACAGCCUCCUGGACGGGUGGGGUGGGGGCUCAUUUGCUGAGUCAAAGUCGUCUCGACUCCCGGUUAAGCCGGGAAAAGGCACGCUGAAAACCACCCAGUGAUUUUUUUUGUUGUGUUUUCUCCUUUCAAACCCAAAUGUGCUCUUAGUUCUGACCCAUAUAUUUUAGGGUAUAGCUUCCAGAAAUAAAGCUGGCACAAGUGUACAAAGGGAGCGAAAGAGACUUCCACCUUCUGCACAAAUAUACCUAAUUUUAUUCUGAUUAUAUUUAUAGAUAAUUCAUUCUCAGAUUUCUCACUGUGCCGCAUUCAUCUCGCAUUAGUCAAAGGCGAGUGCUGUCUUAAACCGGAAUGAAUGCAAUCUGCUGACUGAUGCUAUCUGACUCCUGAUGGCUUUUAUAAUAGAGUCAGACCAGGUUUUAAAUCUAU